AUGGCCCCGUGCCUUGCCCUGGUGCUGAUGCUGCUCUCUCUGGGGCCCCGCGGCUGGGCAUCACCAGCCCCCGUGGUGCAGCCCAGGAUGCCAGGGUUCCAAGGCUGCAAGCAGGCGCUCAACGUGUCGGUGCUGGGGGCGCUCCCGGGAGGGGGCUGGGACAAUCUUCGCAACGUGGAGCUGGGGCUGGUGCUGCAGCGGGACUACUCGCAGUGCAAGACCACGGAGGACGGCGAGUACCUCGUCCCCGACGACGUGCACGUGGUGACGCGGCGGGAGAGCGUGGUGGAGACCCGCGCUGAGCUCAUCGACCGCUGGGUCGACUACACCGAUGCCUGGGCCGCCUCCAUCAACGCCGACGUCUCCUUCCUGUCCGCCCUCAACGGCAAGUUUUCCCUGGACUGCGAGAACGUCAAGAAGUACGACCUGGAAUACCAGACGGUCACCACGAGGGUGCAGGUGCGACACAGCGUCUACUCGGUGAAGUCCCCGGAGACCCCCACCUUCCACCCCGAAUUCCGGGAGCAGCUGCUGACCCUCAGCGACUAUCUGGACAGCAACCGGACCCUCGAGGCCCAGUACCUGGCCGAGAUGCUGGUGCGCAACUACGGCACGCACGUGCUCACCGACGUGGAGGCCGGAGCCACGCUGGUGCAGGAGGACCAGGUGAGGCAGGAGCUGGCGGAGAGUCAGACCCGGGAGAAGGGUAACCUCACCCUCACGGCCUCGAUGGUGUUUUUCCAAACGCUCGGCGUCAGCGCCUCGGCCUCGGGCCAGGUGGACCAGCGGCUCCUCCAGGACUACGUGCAGAACACGGUGGCCUCGCAGCUGCGCAGCCACGGCGGCAUGCCCGUGGCCCCGGGCCUGACCCUGCAGAAGUGGCAGGAGAGCAUCGGCAACCGCCUGGUGGCCAUCGGCCGCGAUGGCCUGCCGCUGCCCGACCUGCUGCAGCCCGACGCGCUCCCGGAGCUGCCGCCGCCGUCGGUGGAGCGCGUGGAGGCGGCGGUGCGCGACGCCAUCCACCGCUACUACGCCGUCAACGCGCACCCGGGCUGCGUGGAGCGCGGGGAGCCCGCCUUCAACCCCCAGGCCAACGUGGACGACGGCUCGUGCGCCCGCGGCCGCGGUGCCAACUUCAGCUUCGGAGGCUUCUUCCAGGAGUGCCAGGAGGUGAGCGGGGCGGACGCCGCGCGCUUCUGCCAGGCGCAUCGCACCCCGAACCCGCUCACCGGGAACGCCUCUUGCCCCGCCGAGUACCAAGCCUUCGGCCUCUACCGCGGCCUCAAGACCUGGAGCGCACCCCAGCGGGUGUGCAAGAAGAAGUGCAGCAAGUGCUGGCUCUUCUUCCAAUGCUGCCAGGACGUGUGCAACGCCGAGGAGCAGAGCAACAGCGCGCGUCUGGCCGCCUCCUGGUGCGUGCCCCCCGAGGUGGCCUCCCCGCCUGCCGCCUCUGGCUUCCUCUUCGGAGGCCUCUAUAGCCCCGGGAGCCCCAACCCGCUCACCCAGACCCAGGCCUGCCCAGACCACUUCUAUCCCCUGGCCCUGCUCGAGGAUCUUAAGGUGUGUAUCAGCAGCGACCUAGAGCUGGGGGGCGGCCCAGGCCGUUCCCUUUGGGGGGUUCUUUAG